AUGAUAUUCGUGUUUGGGACUAAAUAUUUCGGAUUUAUUUUAAAGUUCCCCAUCCAAAAUAAACUCCCAUUAAAUUCAACCAAAAAAGCCUUGUAUAUAACUGCAUCUUCAAUUCUCAUUUUUGCAUUACCUCUAGCUGUCAUCAUUUUUUGUUAUUAUCACAUUUUUAUUAAAUUACGUGAAGCACUUAAGUCCUGUAAACGGCUUAAACGUGGGGCUAAUUCCAGAGCGCCAUAUCAUCGGGUAACGAGAUUAGUCUUGUGGGUUGUUAUCUUCCACGUAUUGUGUUGGUCUCCAUUUUGGCUUUUUAAUUUAUUUUCUUCAAUCUUCCGGCUCCGAAUUUCGACACAAUUUGAUCGUGUUGUUGUUAAUAUUAUUCAUUUAUUUCCAUACAUCAAUUGUGCCCUCAACCCAAUUUUAUAUGUUGCAAAUGCUGAAAAUUUUCGAAUAGCUUUUCGGUCAUUUUUCUGCCCAAAAUUUGUCAACAGAAGUAGAAGGAGGAGUGGAGGAGAAUUUUUUGAAGACAGCCGUUGUGUGGUAAUUACUGGAGGAGGAGGGGGAGUUGGAGGAGGAGGAAGGUCUAAUUCUAUGGGAGUUGGAGGUCCCGGAAGUUCUGUAACUAAUGGAAGUAAUCCUGCCGUCCUUUUGACUACCGAAGAAAAUAAUAUUUGCAAAAAUAAUGCUGCAUUUUUGAGAUUUUCUUCAAAUUCUGAACGAGCAUUAUUAACAACAUCAGGACCUGUUUACAAUUCUUUAUCUAAUGGAACAGGAAAUGGAAUUAUUAAUAAAAUUAGUGGAGGUUCAGCUCCUUCACUUUUAGACUGUCCAAAACUUCCAUUACGUGCUUAUAGUGCAAAACAUUCUGUUAUAACAAUAGAAGAAUGUUCUUCGGAUAAUGAUGGGGGACAGAUUAAUAAUAAUGAAGAAAAGAUUUCUGUCAUUACAAGACAAAUAUCUCGAAGGAGAAGAAGCUCUGCUUGUGAACAGGCUAUUUUAAGUGGUGGUGGAAUAGCUGCUGCAAGUGCUGUGCCUUUUGUUGGAAAAAUAGCUAAAGAGCAAAAAGAGGAGGAAAAUGGCAUUAGAACAACAGAGAAAUCACUUUUAGAAGAGAUAAACAUAUCAGAAGAAUUACCACCUUCAAUUCCUUCAUCAGGCAAAAGGACAAGUAUUUGUCUUUAUAAAAUUGGAAUAAAUACAGGAGUAAUUACUAAAAAUACACAAUUAAAAUAUUCAUCUAAUGAUGAAAAAGAGGAAAAAUUGAAUGAAGAAAAAUUUAGUAGUAAAUUAAUUUUGGACGAAGAAAGUGAAAAAGAUGAAUUUAUUUAAUUUUAAAAAAUAAUUUUAUUGCCUUAUUUUUAUUAAUAUUUUAUUUUUUUGUUAAAGUUUUAUUGAGUUUAUUUAAAAGAAGGAAAAGUUCUGGGACCUUUACUUCUAAGAUUUUUAUCGAGUAGGUUGUAUUUAUGGAGGGAAUUGCGAAUAAUGAAUUUUUUAAACUUUUUUAAGGAUUUUUGGAGAUUUAUUUGAA